UUUCUUCCUAAGAGCAAGUCCCAGCACCCUCUGCAUGGUGGGCAGAAGCGGGGACAAGGGAGGAAGUCAGAGAUUGCAGGGUUUACAGAAGUACCGGGGCACACUGCUCUCCUUCCUCUGAUGAGAAAUUUGGUGUCAGCCCCUGGGGCCUCAUGAAGUCUCCUAUACAGAGAUACAUGGGCAGGGCCUCUUGCUCUCAAGACCACAGAGACACUCGCACAUUUACUCAGUCACACUCACAGCCACACAAGAAAACAUGGACUUAUUCACCCUUACACUGGCUUGGUCACACAUACAAUCCUACCUGACACAUACACUGAGCAGCCUCACUUUUUCAGGCUGACACAACUUUGGGAUAGAAUCACAAAAACACACACCUGCAUGCUCACACAAGUCUUGAACACACAGAGUCACACUCUCUCACUCUGCUUUAUACUCUCAGGCACACACACACAAUCAGUACCAUCACAUGCACAGCCUCACACAACCUACGCAAUCACUGCCACAGCCCUUGGGGGUCAUGCACACACAGUUGCACCUGUCACACACAAUCACACACAUGUACAAAACCCACACAGACACGACAUACACAGAAACAAGUCCAUGGACCCACUAAGCCCUUUUCUGUCCCACAGAGAGGGUACCCCUGCCGUGUUUGAUUGGUUCUUCGAAGCAGCCUGUCCUGCCUCCCUACAGGAGGAUCCCCCCAUCCUGCGGCAGUUCCCCCCAGACUUCAGGGACCAGGAAGCUAUGCAGAUGGUGCCUAAAUUCUGCUUCCCUUUUGAUGUGGAAAGGGAGCCCCCCAGCCCUGCAGUACAGCAUUUCACUUUCGCCCUCACGGACCUGACCGGCACCCGUAGAUUUGGUUUCUGUCGCCUCCGGGCUGGUGCUCACAGUUGUCUCUGUAUCCUCAGCCACCUUCCCUGGUUUGAGAUGUUCUACAAGCUGUUGAACACAGUAGGGGACCUCCUAGCCCAGGACCAAGUCUCGGAGGUCGAGGAACUUCUUCUAAAUCUGUUGCAGCAUCCCCUGCCCGGGACCCAGGCCUCAAUGGAGCUGGGCAGCGGAGUGACAAUCUCCAGCGCGCACGGUAUUCCGCCCCCUGCCCCCGGGAACAGCAGGCCGCUUUCCUGCUUCGUGGCCCCCGACCCAAGCCGCUUGCCAUCCAUUCCUGAGAACAGAAACCUAACGGAGUUGGUGGUGGCAGUGACCGACGAGAAUAUCGUGGGGCUGUUCGCGGCUCUCCUAGCUGAGCGAAGGGUUCUGCUCACCGCCAGCAAGCUAAGCACCCUGACCUCGUGCGUCCACGCUUCCUGCGCUCUCCUGUAUCCCAUGCGCUGGGAGCACGUGCUGAUCCCCACGCUGCCGCCACACCUGCUGGACUACUGCUGCGCCCCCAUGCCCUACCUCAUCGGAGUCCACGCCAGUCUCGCCGAGACAGUGCGGGAGAAAGGCCUAGAGGACGUAGUGAUGAUGAACGUGGACUCCAAUAUCUUAGAGACGCCCUUUGACGACAUGCAGGCGCUGCCCCCAGACGUGGUGUCCCUGCUGAGGCUGCGCUUAAGGAAGGUCGCGCUAGCCCCCGGGGAAGGGGUGUCCCGUCUCUUCCUCAAAGCCCAAGCUCUGCUCUUUGGGGGCUACCGCGAUGCGCUCGUCUGCAGCCCGGACCAGCCUGUGACCUUCAGUGAAGAAGCCUUCUUGGCCCAGAAGCCAGGGUCGCCCCUGCAGGCCUUCCACCGGCGGGCUGUGCACCUGCAGCUGUUCAAACAGUUCAUUGAUUGCCGACUGGAGAAGCUUAACACAGGAGAGGGCUUCUCAGAUCUCUUUGAGCAGGAGAUCACCUGCAUUGGGGACUCCUCAGGCACCCUUCGCUCCUACCAGCUCUGGGCAGACAACCUAAAGAAAGGUGGUGGUGCCCUCCUGCAUUCGGUCAAGGCCAAGACUCAACCAGCCGUCAAAAACAUGUACCGCUCGGCCAAGAGCGGCUUGAAGGGAGUGCAGAGCCUUCUGCUGUACAAGGAUGGGGACUCUGGCCUGCAGAGGGGAGGCUCCCUGAGGGCCCCAUCCCUCACCAGCCGCUCAGAUUGCCUGCAGCAGCGCCUGCCUAUUACCCAGCACUUUGGACAAAGCCGGCCCCUUCGCCCCAGCAGGAGACUCCGACAGGAAGAAAGACCUUCUGAGUCCCUGGGGGAAGGGACAACCCCUGUGAGCCCUGAGGAUGCCCAGGAUUCAUGGGCAGAAGAAGCUCUGGACAGCAGCUUCCUGGGGUCUGGGGAAGAACUGGAUUUGCUGAGUGAGAUUCUGGACAGUCUGAGCACAGGAGACACAAAGACAGGCAGCCUGCGGCCCAGCCAGAGCUUAGACUGCUGCCACAGAGGGGACCUCGACAGCUGCCUCAGCCUGCCCAACAUACCAGGAAGACCAGUAUGGCAGCCAGAUGAGGAGGACCCCCCAGAGGCCCAGCCCCAGUUGCUGCCUGCCAGCUUGCCAUGUCUGCUAACCCUCCAGCCUUCGGAUACCAAGAGCUCCUCAGCGAACCUCCCUCCCCAGCCACACUCAGAGGCCAGCCAAGAAAUCACUUCUCCAUCCCAGUCUUCAACAGCUACAGACCCAAGCUACCAAGGGGCCCCUGAAUCCUCUCUCACAGAGCCCUAUCAUCGAAUCCAACAUCUCUCCCCUCCUCAAGAAGCAACUGGAGAUUCCAGGGCCCAGGAGAGCCCCUGCUCCCAGCUCUCUACAGCACCCACCCAGCCCAGCCCUCCAGAAGGUCAACUUCAGGUCCCCACAAAGCCUAACUCGGAUAUCACCUGGACAUCCCAACCCCUUGACUCUUUCUCAGAUCCUGGUCCCCCAAAGAACCCCAGAGCUCAGCCUUCUGAGGCCCUGCUAGCAGAGCAUGCUCACCUCCAGCCCCCCAAGAGGCUGGGGGCCCCCAGACCCCCUGCUGCACCUGCUAGCAACCAGCAGGAGCCCCAGGCCAGGAGCCGGCCCAGAGUCGCUGAGCUUAAAAAGUGUUUUGAAGGUUAAGGAUCAGGUGUCUGGAGGAGACGCCAAUCCCUCAGUAAAGCCACAAGAACCCAAA